AUGGGUAUUUGUACAUCUUGUUUGAGAGGAUUCACAGGUGAUGAGAAUGAAGAUACACAAAUCAAUGAAACGUCUCCCUUGCUGAAUAACGAACGUAAUUAUGAUAAAGAUGCUCAGCUUAGACAACGAGAGGAAGAAUUGAACCAAAUAGUGAAUGAAACAAAUGAUCAACUGAUUGAUAUAUCCUCAUUCUAUAACCCAAAUGCCUCAUUAUCAGAAUUGGCACUAAAGAAAUCAAUAAAUACACUGAAACAACAACAACAACAACAACAGACUCAACCAAAUGACAAUGAAUCCAAAGCAAAUUCACAGAUACUAACGUCUGACCAUAAUAACACUGUUAAUGGCGAAGAUAAGUCUACGUUGAAUGACAUGCACAAAUCAAUGGAGGAACUUAUAGAGGAGGACUGCAAAAUCGAGAAAAGGGGGCCACUCAUACACACAACAACACCAUCUUUUGGUAUAAUGGAUUGGUUUGAUUAUAAAAAAGAACAAAAAAUUAAACAAGAAUCAACAAAAGAUAUUAUUAAAAAAGUUGAAGAUGAUAAAUUAGAAGUUAAAAAAGUUGACAAGAUAGAGUUCAUUGGUGUUGAUUUGGAUCCAAGAGAUUCAAUGACUUUGGGGGAAAGAUUAAAAGGGUUUCAUAUUGAGCAUUGGUUAACAAAGCAAAAAAUUUCAAAUGUUGAAUCAUUGGAUGAGAUUUUAAUUUCCACUUAUAAGGGUUUAACAAAUGAGGAAAUCUCUCAAGUUUCUGAGAUUAAAUUAGAUGAUUUAAAAUUAAGAUUUGAUUAUACUUUGAAAAUUCAAGAAUUAACUGGUUAUAUUAUACCUGAUUAUAUUUUAACUAAAAGUUUUAAUGGUGUUAUUUUACAAAAAUUUUUCAUAAAUGAAGUGUUUUCUGGAAAGAUUUUUAAGAAAGAUGCUGAAAGUUUAAGUCAUAAAGAGUUACAACAAAUGGAUUUCAAAAGUGAUAAUAUUUAUAUUCAUACACCAGUUUCAAAUACUUCUGCAAAGAAGAAAUAUAAGAGUUUAUUGAAGAGGGCAAAGAAGGAUCAAGAAUUGAAAUCAGAAAAAUUGAUUGAAGAAGCUAGAGCUUGA